AGUAACUUUGUUUUGGGAAACGCACAAGGUUCUGGUGGUCCUAUCGUAUAUUGUUCUGAUGGAUUCUGCGAGCUUACAGGAUAUUUCCGUGCCCAAGUCAUGGCCAAGAGCUGUGCCUGUAAAUUUCUCUAUGGCAACGAUACUGAGGAAGAAGAGAAAGAGAAGAUUGAGGAGGCAUUGCAGAAUAAAACAGAACUAAAAACAGAAAUUAUGAUGUAUAAAAAAAAUGGUAAUCCAUUUUGGUGCCUUUUAGACAUUGUUCCCAUCAAGAAUGAGAAGAGACAAGUUGUUCUAUUUUUAGUAUCACAUAAAGAUAUAACACGAGAUAAAGUAAUAUAUAACGAUACCAAUAAGGAUGAAGACAUGUUAUCACCCCACACUGAUCUUCCAGAGAACUAUAACUACGGCAGACGACGAAGCAGAGCUGUUCUCUAUCAACUGUCUGGACAGUUCGACAACAAAAAUAAACAAAACAACAAGGCCAAGAACAAGUUGAAACAGCUUGGUAAUUUUUCUGGAAGCAUGCCAGAAUAUAAAGUACAGGAAGUGCAGAAAUCAAGGUUUAUCAUCGUGCAUUAUGGGAUAUUUAAAAUUGGCUGGGAUUGGCUGAUAUUAUUAUGUACAUUUUAUAUCGCUAUUAUGGUACCGUAUAAUGCAGCAUUUCAAGGGCGUGACAGAUCACGAGAUUCUGUAUAUUCUGAUGUCGUGGUUGAAAUUUUGUUUAUUAUUGAUAUUUUGUUGAAUUUCCGAACUACAUUUGUAUCGAAAGGAGGGCAGGUGGUAUAUAUGUCUCGACUAAUAGCUAUGAACUAUAUUAAAGGAUGGUUUUUAUUGGAUUUACUAGCUGCUAUACCCUUUGAUUUACUCUACGCUUUCCAGAUUGAUACGGGUACAUUUAUCCAUCUGCUAAAAGUUGCCAGAUUAUUACGACUCGCCAGAUUAUUUCAAAAAAUAGACCGUUACUCCCAAUACAGUAUUCUCGUUGUUACAUUACUCAUGUCUAUGUUUGCCUUGGGUGCUCAUUGGCUGGCUUGUAUCUGGUAUGCCAUUGGUCAAAGUGAGCUGGAGAACAACCCUUCUAAUUGGUCUGUAGGCUGGUUAUAUGAACUCGGUGAAAGACUGGAUGAACCAAUCAUCAACAAGACAAAACCAGACGUCACCAUAUCCUACUUAACAGCAUUUUAUUUCACCUGUAGUUCUAUCACGAGUGUAGGGUUUGGAAACGUCUCUGCCAAUACCACUGCUGAAAAAAUAUUCUCUGUAUGCGCCAUGCUGAUUGGAGCAAUGAUGCAUGCAGUAGUUUUUGGUAAUGUAACUGCAAUAAUUCAACGUAUGUACGCCAGGCGUGCCAAUUUUCACUCCAAAACUAAAGACCUCAAGGACUUUUUCCGGACUCAUCACAUUCCGAAGGAAUUGAAACAACGAAUGCAGGAAUACUUUCAGACCAUGUGGUCAAUGAAUCAUGGGAUUGAUAUUAAUGAGGUUUUGAAAGACUUUCCUGAAGAAAUGCGAGGAGAAAUCAACUUACAGCUCCAUAAAGAAGUUCUGUCGCUACCAAUCUUUGAGAAUGCAACACAAGGAUGUUUGAAAUCCAUCUCUCUUCAAACAAAGAGAGUGUUUUGUGCCCCUGCUGAGUUUUUAACACGCCGAGGAGAUACCGUCAACUAUAUCUAUUAUCUUUGUAGUGGGUCCAUGGAAGUUUUGAAGGAUGACAUGGUGGUAGCCAUAUUAGGAAAAGGAGAUUUAUUUGGUUCAGACAUCAGCUUUACGGAACCAGUGAGUACAUCGCAUGGUGAUGUUCGGUCACUAGCAUACUGUGAACUACAAUGUAUAUCAAUACGAGGGUUGCUAGAUGCACUGGCCCUGUAUCCAGAGUUUGCUGAUAAGUUUUCUGAGGAUAUCCAGCAUGAUCUGACGUAUAAUUUAAGAGAUUGUCGAGAAGAUGAGGAAAAGGUAUGA